AUCAAAUAAACUGAAUGAUGAGCUCACCGUUGCUUUACUUUGGCAGGUGGCCUUUAUUUCAAGGUGCAUGCCUGCUUGGCCCUGAAAAAACUGUGUGUGAUGUUAAUCUUCAUAUUUUCGUUCAGCAUAGAUGCUACUCAUCUAUAAAGACAUUUGUCAUCACGUUUUGUCGGAUAAAUAGUUUUUAGAAAAUUCACUAUGUGCCUAGAGAUCCGAACGUUUGUGUUUGUUCCAGUCUUAAUUAUUUUAGUCGCGUUGUGUCCACAGUCCGAGUCUUCCACCGAUAGUCCAUCGCCGUCUGACGAAUCCCUAAGCAGCAAGUCCGCGCCUGACUUAUACAUCAACGCUCUGGAAACAUUUGAUGCCGCGAACCCUUCGAACACCGUCCACUGCUGCAGCAAACUGACCUCCGCCGUUCAAGCCCUGCUGAAGGACACAGACGCCCGCCGCUGGGAUCAGCUCAUGGCCCCCCUCUAUGCUUUCGCUAAUACACGUAAAGACCUAUUUCCAGAUGUACAAUACCGUCUCAACUUCUACCUCCCAUACAUGCCCAGAAUUGAUGUCUUGUUCCAGCGUAAAGAUGGUACGGUUUUUGUGUUUACAUGGAAUCUACCGCGCGUUUGCAAAGCUCUACGGACAAUCCAGAGGGAACACGAAGGCCAGAUUUUUUAUCGGCCUGUGAGAAAAGCAGUUACGCAUACUGUAAUUGGGGCCUUCUUCUUCGAUAAAGUAGAAACUGGCCGGUAUGGCGCGCUGAAAGGUGUUAAUGCAAGGUUUCUCGUAGAUACUUUUGAUGAGAAGGGAGAGAUAAGCAUCAAUGUGACUGUACAAAGGGAUGGAAAAUUUUGGUCCUAACACAAUACCCCCCCUCCCAGUUGUUUUUUUCUCAUGUCGGCAGAUAUGUUGGCAAAAAAUUUUUAUCUAAUUUUUUUUAGAGAAUAAGUUGAAUUUUUAGGUUAGAUAGAUGCCUCGAGGAAGUUUUUUCCAUCAUUCCUGUUUAGUUCAUAAAUUCGCAUGUUACGAUGAGGAGAGGUGAAACGCCAAAUGAAACAGCCUGAUAUAGUAUUAUCAGGAAUUUUAAAUUCAAAUAUGGCAAGAAGUAUUGCAUAUGAUGUCUUUUUAAUUUGCUUCCGACCAAUUUAAAAAUUUGCAGUUAUUAGAUCAAGUAACCCAUGCCAAGAUUUCAAAUGUAAUCAAAUUCGCGAUAGGACACACGCAACAAAAGACGAAGUUUCAUUGCAAGCAGCGAUCUAUUAAUGAUUAUCUAUAGAAUUGAUUUCAUGAUAUCAUUUUCAAUUUUUAAAACUUUGAUCGGACUUUGACUUUGAUAUACUUUUAAGACAAUUUUUGACGAAUGUGAAAAAAAUUAAUCGCGAAAAGGCUAAAUGAAACUUGAGCCUGUGCGAACGAUGGAGUUGUUGAGCUAAGUAAAUAGGCGCAUUUACCUUCAGGAUUUGAUGGGCAAGGAGGACAAAGUGCAGUUUUUGUUACUUCGAAAAAUACGCGUUUAAAGUUUCAAAAAUUUCAUGCAGACCUAGGGCGGAGAAAAAGUUAGAAUUGACAUUUUGACGCUUGAAAAAUGGAUCUUAGAAGUAAAUGUUUCACGAGAUAUACUUCAAGACUAGAUUUAAUAGAACUCACUAAAAUCUCAAUUUUUCAAAAACUGCACGCAUGCGCCUUGUCCUCAAACCCCUUAUUUUUUAUGUAAUAUUGAGAAUUUUUCGCAUUUAUUUUGCAAAGCGUAUAUUACGCAGCUACACGAAUUUCUAUAUCUGCAGUGAUAUAAGAUUGUAAAUAUGUAAAAAAAAAACUAUUGUACAGCGUAUAUUUUUCUCUUGUUUAACUCAUAAUUGGUAUAUUUAGUCAAAUAAAAUACUUAUAACAUUUUUACAGCGAACUUACAUUUUUUGUCAUCCAAAAAUGAAGAAAAUGGCAGCCAGCCUUUGAAUCAAUUCCAAAAUAAUGCAUAUAUGUGACAUUCGUACAAUAAUAUUCAUUUCAGUACAAAGCGUAUACAUGCUUCAUUUUGAAAUGUGGUUUGAGAUUGAACAAGGAUAAGUCGAUAAAUUUUUCAUAGGAAGAGACUGCUGCGAAUUGGGCGCUUUCGUUCAGGUAGAUAGGCUGAAAACUCUCUCACGAGGGAGCGUUUACAAAUUAAGUAACGUUAUCUGGGGAAGGGAGGGAACAUAAACCUGCGUUACGCUGCGUUACCAAGGGUGAGACGGGUCGUGCUAGCGUUAAAAAUAACCCAUUUUUUAAGUUCAUUUGUCACACUAUCAGUAAAAGUUCUUCAAAUUUACGUUUCGAUAAGAAAUUUUCACGCGAGGGUGUUUCAUGUGCUUAAGUUUUUAUCUGUGUGCAUCUUGGAAUGGUUAUUGAUUCCGAUAAGAAACAGCGUGUAAAGCGUUGUAACGUUGGAAUUUUCAGAAAUAUUUCAGGGCAUUAAAUUGUAAGAGACGUAAAGUUCAGAGCUCGGAUAUUUUUUGGCGCUGUGGCAAAGUUUAUCGUUUCAACGGGUUUUUAAACCUGUAAUGUUUGAAGAGCACUGGUUUUGACUUCCUCAAUGGGCUCUGAAUUGAACUAUAAUGUUUCCGCGUGUUUUACACUCCACAGUAGUGCCGGUUUUCCUUUCACUCGUGUUGAGUUCAUGCAGUCCAGCCCACUCAAGUGUUGCUCAAACCACUAACGAUAGGACUCAUGGUUACAUCAAUUCACUAGAGUUUUUUGACGUGAAAAACUUCGAGGUUAGUUGCAGAGCCCUGACUUCAGCCAUUAAAUCUUUGUUAGAGCUGUUUGACGCAACGCGAUGGGAACAGUUAGACGCUCCACUGUAUGUGCUCCCUAAACUUCAUCAGGACAAAUUCCCGUACGUUACUUAUCAUCGCAAUAGUAGAUUAAAAUCUCGUAGAGUGGUUCGAGUUGAUGUAAUGAUCUACAGAGCAGACGGAGUUACCUUCGCCUUUAACCGUUGGCCACUCUCGGAGCUGUUAGACUCCUUCAAGAAAAACUCGAAAAUAAACAAGACAGGACUAUACUAUCGAAAAGACAGUCGGUUAAUAAAGCAUAAGGUACUUGGCGCAUUCGUCUUUAACCGGACACAGCCCACUAGACGACACGGAAGCAAACUAUUGGGAUUUACCGCGACAUACCUCCUUGACACUUACGAUGUGAAUAGCAGUUUUGUAGAAUAUGUAACGUAUUAAAUUUCGACGAGGGCGAACCUAAUUCUAUUUAAUUUAUAUAUUUACGAGUACAAAUAAAAGACAUUUUAAUAAUAUCA